UGACCUACUAUAUUUACCUUGUAAAUGUGCAUAGUCCAACAGAGCUCGUUUUUAUUUAUUCUCCGCGUAUAAUCUCAUGUUGUUGUGACCAUGGCGAACAUGCAGCCAAUUUGCGAAUAUGUUGAAACCCAACCUAUGCGCGUUUAACGUAGAUGACACGGACGCACUUAAGCUUGGGGGCCUUACCCUUCAAAUAACCAUUAUAUAAACAGCAGUCACAUUGCGCCGACGGCAGUUGUGUGGAACUUUGCGCUCUGUCUUUCGUGAACGGCGCACGUCCGUGCAGCUAUCGCUAUGAGUUCGCGUCCUAAUAUUUCAUGUUUACAAGAAGCCAAAAGAGUGGCUAUUUUUGGAGGCACACAUGGAAAUGAGAUGUCCGGCAUUAUGCUGGUAAAUAUGUGGAUACAAAAUGCAGCCGAGAUAGAAAGAAACAGACUGGUGACUAAGCCGUUCAUAAGCAACCCCAGAGCAGUGGAGAAAUGUACCAGGUACAUCAACACGGAUUUGAACAGAGCCUUUACGCCCGAGAACCUCAGUGCUCAAGAUGUUCAAGGGCUACCAUAUGAAGUCCAGAGGGCCAAGGAAAUCAAUCAGAAGUUCGGACCCAAAGGAAGCUCAGAUGCAUAUGAUGUCAUCUUUGACCUUCACAACACGACCUCAAACAUGGGCUCCACCCUCAUUCUGGAAAGCUCAACAGACCUCUUUAACCUUCAGAUGGUGCAUUAUAUCAAAAAAGUUAUGGCCCCCCACACCUGUUCAGUACUAUUAAAUGAACACCCACAGCUGAAGUAUUCAACCACACGUUCUGUGGCCAAACACCCAAUUGGUCUUGAGGUGGGCCCUCAGCCACAGGGGGUUUUGAGAAGCAAUGUAUUUGAGUCCAUGAGGACGAUACUGAAGCAUGCUCUGGACUUCAUCGAGCUUUUCAAUAGUGGUGUGGAGUUUCCUCCAUGUACAGUGGAAGUUUUCAGAGUCCAGGAGAGAAUGGACUACCCCAGGGACACCAACGGCAACAUCACAGCUAUGGUGCAUCCUCAUCUACAGGACUGUGAUUGGGAGCCUUUGAACCAGGGUGACCCUAUGUUCCUAACUUUCGAUGGGAGAACAAUCCUUUAUGAAGGUGCCAGCACAGUAUACCCCACGUUUAUUAAUGAGGCUGCCUAUUAUGAGAAACAGCAGGCGUUCAUGACCACUUGUAAAGAAAUACUGGCUGCCAAUGCAAUCAGAAAAGCUUUCAAGUAAUGUUUUCUCCUAAAAAUGCACUGUACUUAAUGUAAAAGCACUUAAAACAACAUUUCUUAUUUUA